GUGCCGCAAGAGCUGCAGCUGCCCGAAUCGCCAGACCUGUCAUUGGUUGCAGCUCCCUUGCGGGCGGCCUGAUAGUAUGUGGGUACUCUGGUACUCCGUACCUCCAUUAACUCCCCUGUAGGAGGUGUCUGCCUAGCUACGCGUGCCAGACGCGGUGGGUGCCUGAUACAGGAAGGAGGGCGAACAACUACAAAGAUACCUGGUUUUAUUUUCUUCGGUGGACGUGCCAGCCAGCAACUGGUUUCGGACUCCCGCUCAACCAAGAAACUCCUUGAUAUCACACAGCAACAGCAAGAAACCAUGGCCUGGGAUCCCGAAGCAAAUGAGCGGCGGGCAGAGGAAGACGAGGGUGAUGAUGAGCUUGACGAAAGUAAUUACAAGGCGCAAAAGGACGCUGUGAUCUUCGCCAUUGACGUGAGCAAGUCGACGUUGGAGAAGCCGCCUGGAUCUGGCUCCAAGAAGGAUGACACAGACAGCAUCGUCAUGGCAGCGUUGAAGACCGCCUCCCAAGUCAUGCAGCAGCGUAUCAUCUCGCAGCCAAAAGACAUGAUGGGAGUAUUAUUUUUUGGGACAGAAAAGACCAAAUUCCGCGACCUGGUCGGCGACACGCUUGACCCUUACAGGAAUUGCUAUCUCCACAUCGACCUCGAUGUGCCCUCUGCUGCUGACGUGAGGGCCCUGAAGAACAUGGCCGAGACUGGCAAAGACCCCAAUGGGAUCCUCAAGCCCGCCAAGGGCACAACUUCUAUUUAUCACAUGCUGAACUGUGCCAACACAACCCUCAUGACAAACGCGCCCAAUUUCGGUUCGCGGAGGUUGUUCAUCAUCACAGACAAUGAUGAUCCGCACGCAGGAGACGGGCGUGAGCACGAGAAGUCGGCCGUUCGCGCCAAAGAUCUAUUCGAUCUUGGUGUCAACGUCGAAUUGUUUCCCGUGACUCGGCAGGGACAGAACUUCGACUUGAACAAGUUUUACACUGAUAUCAUCUAUCGUGAUCCUUUCGCCGCAACAGAUCCUGACAACCCAGAUGAGAUCAAGACGUUAAAGACCGGGGAUGGAAUUUCACUCCUGAACUCCCUUAUUUCCAACGUAAACGCCAAACAGACCCCCAAACGUGCCUAUUUUUCCAAGAUGCCCCUUCACCUGGCCCCGGGACUUGACAUUUCCGUUAAUGGCUACCUUAUCCUUCACAGGCAGGCGAUUCAGCGCAGCUGUUACCUGUGGAUGAACGGCAACGAAAAGCAGAUCGUCCAAGGCCAGGCCAUCAAGACGGAAGAGGGCUCCAUGCGUACUGUGGACAAGAAUGAGAUGAAGAAAGCAUACAAAUUUGGAAGCGGCGGCGAUUAUGUCUACUUCAAGCCCGAUGAGCUAGAACAGAUCAAGCAGUUCGAGGGGAAGUGCUUGCGCAUCAUCGGCUUCAAACCACGCUCGAUGCUGCCCCCAUGGGCUGCAGUCAAGAAAUCUGCAUACAUAUUUCCCACCGAGGCAGAUGUUGUCGGCUCAACGAGGGUGUUCUCCGCGCUCUGGCAGAAGUUGCUCAACAGUGAGAAAAUGGCCAUCGCGUGGUACAUUGCGCGAAAGAAUGCUGUACCACAGGUCGUGGCCAUCCUACCGUCUAGGAACCCGUCGGAUGAGGAUUCUGGAACACAAUUUCUCCCGGCAGGACUCUGGUUGUACCCUCUCCCGUUCGUGGAUGACAUGCGGGACCUCACGGCUCUGAAGACCCAGCCGGUAGUCAGAGCGUCCAACGAGCUGGUCGACAAAAUGAGAAUCAUUGUGGAAAACCUCCAGUUGCCGAAGGGCAUGUACGACCCGUCGAAAAACCCAAACCCAUCUCUGCAGUGGCACUACAAGGUGCUGCAGCAUAUAGCGCUCGACGAGACAGUGCAGCAAGAGGAGAAGCCUGACCUCACGGUACCCAAGUUCAAGCAGAUCAACAAGCGAGUUGGACAGUACCAGGUCGAGUUUAAGGAGAUGGUCAAGGCGGAAGCUGCUGCUGUCCAGAAGCAGUUAGCUAUCAAGAGAGACGCGGAGGAGGAGGCGGAUGAGGACGAACGGCCCAAGAAGAGGAGCAAGGCUGCGCCGAAGAAGGCUGCCGCUCCUUCUAGUGGCACAACACUUGCAGAGUUGAGGGCGGCGAUUGACGACGACACGCUGCGGAAGAAGACCGUUGCUGAACUCAAGGCAAUUUGUACGGAAAAGGACCUGGGUGGCGCAGUAGGCAGGAAGAAAGCAGAUCUGCUGGAGCUGAUUGAGGAGUGGGUUGAGGGACAAGCCUAGAGAUGGGAAAGGACUUGGCUGUGGUUGACACUGGCCCUGUUGUCGCAGCAUUUAAUUGUCUGCCAUACGAUAGCUUCCACUUGCGGUAGUGCCGCCAAUCUCAUUGAGAUGACGGCCUGUACGUAUGACAUUGCCUGUUGGCGUUCUACGAUCUUUGAGGUGGUUCACUCUUCCGUGGAAGAGGACUUGCCCUCCUACCUACCUAGGUACCUACCUAGGUAGGUACCU